CGGCAGGUAUGAGAUGGCGGCGGGAGCGCCGGCGCUGGGCGGCAGAGAUGCCAUCUGCAAUUUUGUCAUUUGCAAUGACUCCUCCCUCCGCAGCCAGCCCAUCAUCUUCAAUCCUGACUUCUUUGUAGAAAAGCUCCGCCAUGAAAAACCAGAGGUGUUCACAGAGCUGGUCGUCAGCAACAUCACCAGGCUCAUUGACUUGCCUGGGGCAGAGCUGGCCCAGCUGAUGGGAGAGGAGGACCCAAAGCUGCCUGGGGCAAACGGCACCGCCGCUGGAUUUUUUCGUUCUCUGAUGUCUCUGAAGCGCAAGGAGAAAGGGGUGGUGUUUGGCUCACCGCUGACAGAAGAAGGCAUUGCGCAGGUCUCCCAGCUCAUCGAGUAUCUGCACAAAAAUCUAAGAGCAGAAGGCUUGUUUCGGGUGCCAGGCAACAGCAUCAGGCAACAGAUCCUAAAGGAUGCUUUAAACAGCGGUACAGAUAUUGACCUGGACUCUGGAGAGUUUCAUUCCAAUGAUGUGGCCACCCUGCUUAAGAUGUUCCUGGGUGAAUUACCAGAGCCGCUGCUGACACACAAGCACUUCCAUGCCCACCUCAAAAUUGCAGACUUGACGCUGUUUGAUGAGAAGGGGAACAAGACCAGCACUCCAGACAAAGAGCGUCAGAUUGAAGCCCUCCAGCUGCUGUUUUUGAUCCUCCCUGCGCCCAACCGCAGUCUGCUCAAACUGCUGCUGGACUUACUCUACCAGACCGCCAAGAAGCAGGACAAGAACAAGAUGUCUGCCCACAAUCUUGCCCUCAUGUUUGCGCCCCACAUCCUAUGGCCCAGAAAUGUGACAGCAAAUGACCUUCAGGAGAAUAUCACGAAGCUAAACAACGGAGUGACCUUCAUGAUCAAACACUCUCAGAAGCUCUUCAAGGCCCCAGCGUACAUCCGGGAGUGUGCCAGGCUGCACUAUCUGGGAUCCAGGGCACAUACAUCAAAGGACGACCUGGAUUUGCUGACGUCUCCCAGCUCCAAAGAGCUGCAGCCCCUCAAGUCUCAGAAGCGAAGCAGGCUGGACACUUGCCAUCAGGAGGAGACCCAGCAGCGCACGGAGGAGGCACUGAAGGAGCUCUUCCGCCACGUCCACAAUAUGCCUGACUCUGCAAAGAAGAAGAAGCUUAUCCGGCAGUUUAAUAAGCAUUCUGCAGCUCUCACUCCUGGCUCUGAAGUACCCACAUCCCCAGCACCGCGACGCACCCGCUCGCGCUCUUUCAGCGGCCUCAUUAAGCGGAAAGUUUUGGGAACCCCAGUUAUCCUGGAGAGGAAGAGCAGGGAUGCCACACCGGAGCCUGAGCGAGUCAGCAAAGAGAAUGUCCACCUGUUACAGAAAUGUGGCUCUCCAGCUCAUGUGUCCCAAGUGAAGCUGAAAUCUUUGGAGGGCCGGAAAGAGGAAUCCUGCAGACGCCUGCGAACCCACCUGCUUUCCAAGGAUUCAUCAUCCCUCUGAAUGGCCUCGCACCAACGCACGGGUGGGGAAGGCCCGGCCUCGCAAGCUGUGAAUUGUGUGCUGUGUGGAGGGAGUGCUGCAGGCUCACCGCACCCCUCGCCGACGCGGCAGCGCUCCGGAAACCUGACCUUUGCAAAGACUGCAGGGACUUGUUUCUUUCUGUACAUAAAUUAUAUUUCAUUCUACUGUGGGGCAAACCACUAUCUAACCAAACUGUGUGCAGCAUGUCUGACCUGCUGGCUCUGGGAAGGGCUGGAGUGCUUGCUUACAAGGGGAGCCCUUUGCGUUGUGGUGCCAUUUGCACUCCCAGCUUUCUCUGCGAUGUUGCUAGGUUGUAUUUUUUGGCUUUUCUGCUCUGAGUUUUUAACGCGUUGGCUUGUUUUUGUUCCUUCCCCUCUGUUAGUAGUGAGAACGAUGGACUCCAACCUUCACCCACACCCUGAUAGCUAACCUCACCUCCAGACCUCCUCUGCAGCCGUGCCCUCCUCUGCUUCCUCGGGGUUUGCCCUGCUGCCCCCAAAGGGCCGGAGCACAGGAACGGUACAGAGCACAGGAUGGGCCGGGGAGAAGAGGAGAGGGUUUGGGUGCCAUCAUUUGGAGUGGGGUCAGGGGAAAGCAGCUUCCCCAAUAAGCUCAUCUCUCUGUUUCAGCUUGAGCUGGAGGCAGUCCUUGCUCACUGCCUUCGUGUUUCCAUGGCACAGCUCUGCCUGGUGAGCAAGGAGUGUCUCUGCCUUGUGUUUGCCCGGGGGUGCUGAGCUGAGCGGGGCAGGAGGCUGGUGAAGGCUGUCUGGGGCAGGACAGCUCGGGCUUUGGCAGCUGGGGUGUCUGGAGCAGGCAGGCUCGUGGCUGUGUGUGCAGCACAGGAGCAGCGUGAGAGGUGAGAGAGGCCAUUUGUGAUCUGCUGCAAAUGGUGCCAAAGGCUUUGGCUUAAGAUAUCUGGAUGGCUGAUCGGGCAACUGCCUGAUUAAUCGUUAAAAUGGGGGAAAGGGCUGGAGCUGGGUUCAGCUCUUGGGCCUGAGCUGCAGAAAUGAGAUGAAACCAGCUAGAUACGGGAUAAACCUCCAUCACAGCUGGCCAGUGUCAGCUGUCUUGUUAAGCUAAAGUGCUGCAAUAAGCCAAUCCUGCCAAGUACCUGUCUGCAAGCACUCCAGGGUGGGAAACACACAGGGUCACCACUGUGAAAUAAAGAUUUAAUCAGCUGGGGAACCAUCUAAACACUUCUCAGCCCUUCUCGGCGAAGCAAAUAAUCUCUGGAAUCCAAUUAUAAUUGUCUUCUAAUCUUUAAGAACCAGCAGCUGGCAGGAGUUAGAGCUCUGUCCUUGACAGCUUUCUGAGACAACUGGUGGCAGGAGGUGUGAAUAUCGGGAUGUGAGCGGGGAGUUGAGUCCGACUGGGUAGAGCUGUCAAAACAGGGCAUCAGAGCCCUGUGCAGCUUCACUGGAAUUUGUCAGGCUUUUUUUACUGUGGGGUUUGUUGUUGGUUUUUUGUUUUGUUGGGUUUUUUUCUUUUUUUAUUAUUUUUUUUUAAGAUACAAAGCUGUGUUCCUCACGCUGCUCUGUCUAAAGGGAUGUUCCUGGUAAUUUCUUGGGGAUGCCUGUCCCCAGUCUGACCCCACACUGGAGGAGCUGCCUUGAAAACGUAGGGAGUUAGCGGGGCUGUAGCUGUGUGAGUUGGGAGUUGCUGGUGUUAGGAGCCUCUGUCGCAGCAAAGAAAGAGCUGUGGUUCCUCAGGGACUGGGCAGGCGAGGAUGCUGUGAGGAAGGGCAGAGGCUGUUUGCUGUGGUAGUGGUAUGUGCUUUUUUGGAUGUGUCUGUAACCAUUCCCUCCGGAGGCUGAAGCUCUCUAAGUGCUCUUCUCCGAAGGGCACAGCGUGUUUUGCUGACUGCCCUCCUGCCCUGCCCCUGCAGCCCGUUGUCAGCAGAGACCUGAGGAUCUCGGCUUUGCCUCGGACCAGAGAUGAGGCAGAGCCCAAGGUCGAGCUCACGGAGAGCGGGGUCUGGUCCUCCUGCAGCUGCUCUUACCUGCGUGGGGGGCGUUUGCUGGGUUUAUCCCAUUUGUUUAUCCCAUCCCUCCCCUCCCUGUUGCCCCUCGCUUACUCGGGCAUGUAUGUCUGGAUUGGUGUCUGCUUGGCAAGGCAAGCUUGUUCCUAAGGCUAAAUGCACUGCUCCCCUGUAGAUGAGAGGAACAUCACUCUUCUCUCCACUGUCCCCCCUUACUGAUGCCUAUAGCUCAGGGACUCUGGCUUCUGGCAUAGCUGAGAUUUGCUUAGCUCUAAGAAAAAUUGUCUAUGGGGCAUCAGCCUGGCGUUCUGUAUGUCUUCCCUGCCAAAGGGGUGGGUGCAGUCUUCAGAGGGGACAGUCCCAGGAGGGGUUCACUGCCCUGGGCUGUCCUCCCUGUGCUGAGGAUGGCGGUGGCUGACGGGUUCUGCCUCUAGGACCCUUGGCUUUUACAGUCCCAGCAUGUUCACACUAUCUCACAGGAGAGGGGGAGUUUUAGUUCUGCUUGGAUGUGUCUGGUUUGUCUGCCCUGUGCAAUGACUCACGAGGAUGCUUCCUCCCAGAGCAGCCACUAACUGUUCCCAGAGUCUAUCAUUUCCAAAGUAUUUUUAAUCUUUGUCCUUAUUUAUAUAUGCUAUGUAUGUCCUGUUUCAGACUGUUGCCUUUCUGUGUGUUCAUGUGAAAACCCCAUAUUAAAUGCUUUUAUUUUUAAUGG